AUGCAAGGACCACCAGUUUUCAUUGAUUUAACAAUUGAGGAUCAAGCUCAAGAAAUUCGAAAGUAUCUAAAGAACCAGGGGGCUGAAAUUUCUGAAGAAAAAUCACCGAAAGGAAUUGAAGAUGAUUUACAUAAAAUUUGCGGCGUUUGUGACGUUUGCUUGAAAAAAGAAGGCGAUGAAGUUGAAAUUGAUGCUGUCCUUACAAGCAUCGUUUCAAUUAUGGUAUCGAUAUCACUGGAAAGAGGAGAGAAUUUAAUUUUAGCAUUCUGCGAAAAAUUAACCAAAGCUCCAACUAAUGAACUGGCUAAAGUUUGUCUCCAGUCAUUGUGGCGUCUUUUCAAUAACUUAGAUCCUUCAUCACCUCAUCGUUAUCAUGUCUAUUAUCAUUUGGUUCAGGUAGCCAAACAAUGCGAUCAAGUGAAAGAAGUCUUCACAGGACUGGAUGAAUUAAAGUCUCAGUUUUCCCAGUGUCAACCAUCAAAAGAACAAAUGCAGAAACUUUAUCGAUUACUUCAUGAUGUUUUGAAAGAUACUCAGUGCGAAGUAGCAUCGAAAGUAAUGAUUGAGUUAUUGGGAACGUACACAGACGAUAACGCUUCUCAUGCCCGUGAUGAUGCCAUGAAAUGUAUCGUCACUGCUCUUGCUGAUCCAAACACAUUCUUACUGGAUCCUCUUCUAUCUCUUAAACCUGUUCGUUUCCUUGAAGGUGAACUGAUUCACGAUCUUCUUUCGAUUUUCGUAUCAGAGAAACUUCAAAGCUAUAUGCAGUUUUAUCAGAAUCACAAGGAGUUUGUCACAUCUCAAGGUUUGAAUCAUGAGCAGAAUAUGAAGAAGAUGCGACUGUUGUCAUUCAUGCAACUGGCGGAAAGUAAUCCCGAAAUGUCAUUCUCAUUGCUUAAAGAGGAAUUACAAAUUGAGGAGAAUGAAGUGGAAUCAUUCAUUAUUGAAGUAUUGAAGACAAAAUUGGUACGAGCGAGAAUUGAUCAACGUGAAAGAAAAGUUCACAUCUCAAGUACCAUGCAUCGAACAUUCGGACGUGCCCAAUGGCAGCAACUUCAUGAUUUGUUGUUCACAUGGCGCGACAACUUAACAUUGGUACAGAAGAACAUCGGAAACAUUUCCAAUACACAAGCUGAAAACAAAAGUCAAGCUCCAAUCUCGAUUACAACAAGUGCAAGCAAACGAAAUUAUUAG